AUGCGCCACCAGCACGUGGGCGUAGACGUGGUGAAGAUGAUCGUGUCCUCGUGCUCUUACCUGGCGCUCGCCUUCGCUGCCUGGGUGCUGCUGCGUCUGGUGCAAGCCUGCUUCUACCUGCCGGGCAUCCUACGCCGUCGCAACGAAGAGGAGGCCCAGCAGUUGCUGCGCGCACAGCAAUUGCCUUCUUCAUCCGGCGAGGCUUCUACUAGCAAGGACGGCGACGAGGUCAAGGGCAGCGACGAGGCCAAGGACAGUGACAAGCGUAAGGACAGCGACAAACGCAAAGGCAGCGACAAGCGCAAAAACGGCGACAAGCGCAAAAACGGCGACCAACGUAAGGGCAACAGUAAGCAGAAGGUCCCGGAGGCUGAGAAGCUGUUGCAGGCGGAGAAGAGCGACGAGGACGGCAAGGAGAGCGACGUCGCCGACUCACCCGACGAAGACACCACCGCUGCCCAACUUCCCCCUUCCGCCGCUGACGGCGACGACAAGGAGACCAAGAAGGACAUCUAA